AAGCAACGAUCCGUGCGCUUUAAUUAACAAUUGUUCAAUUGAAAAAAUUGUGAAAGCACUCAACAUGAGUCCUCCAACUACACAAUACGGUAUUCAAAGUACCGCUGGAGCAGUUCCAGUCAAAAACACAAAAGGUGAAAUAUCGAUGCAAAAGGUAAAAGUGCAUCGCUAUGUAUCCGGAAAGCGGCCAGAAUACGCACAGUAUGCCAGCAGCGACGAAGAGUCAGAGGAUGAUGAUUUCAUGGAACACCGUCGUGCAAACGAGGAGCAGCAGCAGCGAGAAGAUUCUGAGGAUAACGAUCUGCCGGAGGAUGUCGAUGAUCCACGUAUCCGACGUUUACAAGCGGUUCGAGCGGAAACCCAGGAUGAACUUGAACGGGAACGCAAAGAACGGCAUCGGGUAAUACACGAACCGGAGCUGGUGGAAUCUGACGAUGACAAUGAGCGUAGUGAUGGUGAAGAUGAAAAUGACCGCAGACGCUACAGUGAUGAUGAACCGGAGCAAACAAAUGCCUCGUCCCGGCGGAGACGUAUUUCCUUAGGGUCUGAGUCCGAAUCGGAAGCGGAACUCAGUGAUUCAGAGAUCGAACGCAGGCGCAACUUGCUGAAGGCCAAAAUGCUUCAGCAGAAACAACGCGAAGAAGAGGAAUUGCUGCAAAAGCAAGAGGAAGAAGGUAUGUCGGAUUCGGAGGAAUCCGAGAGCUCGGAGUACGAGGAGGAAACGGAAAGUGACGAGGAAAACGAACCCCGGCUGAAGCCACUGUUUGUGCGCAAAAAGGAUCGCACGACGAUCAUUGAGAAGGAGCGGGAAGCAAAUCGUCAGAAGCAGCUCGAGUACGAGUCGAAAAAGAUGGCCAAAGAACGACGAAAACAGACAUUACGCUUGGUGGAGGACAGUAUCAAGAAGGAGCUGGAAAAAACGAAGGUUGAGAACGAACCAUCAUUGAACGAUGUUAACACGGACGACGAAAACGACGAGGUGGAGUACGAAGCGUGGAAGCUGCGCGAAUUGAAACGCAUCAAGCGGGACCGCGAGGAAAAGGAACAGAUCGAGAAAGAAAAGCAAGAAAUCGAACGGCUGCGCAACAUGACGGAAGAGGAACGCCGGCAGGAGCUACGCAACAACCCGAAACAGGUCACGAACAAAAACGUGAAGGGCAAGUACAAGUUCCUGCAGAAGUACUACCAUCGCGGUGCGUUCUACCUCGACCAGGAGGACGACGUUUACAAACAGGACUUCUCGGCACCGACGCUCGAGGAUCACUUCGACAAGACGAUCCUGCCGAAGGUGAUGCAGGUGAAAAAUUUUGGCCGAUGCGGCCGGACCAAGUACACGCAUCUGGUCGACCAAGACACGACCAAGUUCGAUUCACCGUGGGUAGCGGAUACGGCCAACAGUACAAUCUUCCACUCGGAGAAAGCCGGUGGCAUGAAGCAGGUGUUCGACAAACCGACGGGCAGCUACCGGAGGAGGAAGAUAUCGAUCUGUCCGACGUGGAUCUGGACGAGAAGGAUGAGCUUUAAGAUAAAUCAAAGGACUGCCAGCGGCGAAAGCUAGCCGGGGGGAACUCUGCCUUUGGGUUGCGGGUUUCCCCCCCCCCAACCCAUUCGCGAUAUCUUCCCAUGGAAGCGCUACGUGUGCUUUAGUUCGUAAGAAUAGGAGAAGCACCACGGCAAGGAUGAAUGUCAAUACACACAACAAAGUAACAGUCUGUUGCAUUUACCACUUACACAAAAAAUAACACCACUCCCAAACGUUGGAUUCUGUCGGUUAAGUGCCGCAUGGGAUAAGUGUAUAAUUUCCAUUGUGGAGCGUCAAAGAUAAAGGUGUAAAAAUAAUAAAAGAACUGAU